CGAAAACUAUGGAAAAUGCCAGCUGUGAAAGAUAUACGCUCCGCUGAAGAGGAAUUGAGUCAAUCAAUGGAAAACAAAAGAAAAACGGUAAUAAGGAAUUGACUGGAGGGGCACUUGUGGGAUACGAAGAAAUUUCUCAUGACAGACGCACAGCAAUACAGGCUUUUCUUCAUCUUCUUUCUCUGUCACCGACUCUCCCACCAAGCCUACCUUCUGUCCAGAGAUCGUGCUUGAGGGAGUUCCACAUGUCUCAGAGAUGACUUUUCAGUUCUAAAUCUCAAAAAAAUUGUGUUUGAAGUGCCAUUUUUGAUUGGAGUGGAAAUGAGAAAGCAUAGCAUCAGAGAAUCCUUGAAAUCUUUCUUUGAGCCUCAUCUUCAUCCUGAUAAUGCUGAAUUGCUCAAAGGAACCAAAACUGAAAUAGAUGAAAAAGUGAAGAGAAUCUUGGGAAUUGUUGAGAGUGGUGACAUUGAGGAAGAUGAAUCCAAAAGAGAAGUGGUCGCAGAGCUAGUGAAGGAAUUCUACAGAGACUAUGAGUCCUUGUAUAACCAAUACGGUGAUCUCACGGGAGAGAUCAGGAACAGAGUUCAUGGUAAAGGUGAGAACGAGAGCUCUUCUUCAAGCUCAGACUCAGACUCUGACUCAGAUAAGAAGAGCAAGAGAAACGGGCGUGCUGACAAUGACAUGAAACAGAUGGAAGCUGCUAAUCUUGAAAUUGCUGAUCUGAAAAGAAAGUUAGAAACAACUCUCGAAGAGAAGGAAGCAGAGCACCAAGAAACCUUGAAGAAGCUGAAGGAAUCAGAAGACAUCAUUGGAGAUCUGAGACUUGAAACCGACAAGCUAGCGACUGAGAACAAAGAACUAAACCAGAAACUGGAAGCUACUGGCGAGGCCGAAUCCGAUCUGAAUCAGAAGCUAGAGAGAGAGAAGCAAGAGAAAGCGGCGCUGCUGAACCAGCUAAACGACGUGCAGAACGCAUUGCUAGAGCAAGAAGCUGGCUACAACACGCUAAGCCAAGAGCACAAACAGGUCAACGGUCUGUUCCAAGAACGCGAAGCGACGAUCAAGAAGCUGACGGAUGAUUACAAACAAGCCAGGGAGAUGCUGGAAGAGUACAUGUCGAAGCUGGAGGAGACGGAGAGGAGAAUGCAAGAGACGGGCAAAGACGUAACAUCGAGGGAGGCCGAGAUCGAGGAGCUGCAAGAGACGGUGGAGAGGCUGCGCAACCAAGUGGAGAUGAAAGGGGAAGAGGUCGAGAAUCUGAUGGAGAAGAUGAAUAACAUCGAGGUGAAACUGCGUUUGUCGAACCAGAAACUGAGAGUGACGGAGCAAGUGCUGAGGGAGAGAGAAGAAGAGCUGAAGAGCGUAGAAGCUAAGCAUUUGGAGAAACAAGCGUUGCUCCAGGAGAAGAUCGCGAUGACGCAUGAAACGUAUGGAGGUUUGGUCAAGGAGAUGUCAGAGAGAUUGAAUUAUCGGUUCCAGGCUCUGUCUGAAAAGGUUGAGGAGAAGCACGGAAGCUUUGAGGAGACGGUGGUUGAAGCGAUAAAGAUGGUUUUGAAGGCGAAGGAAUGUGUGGGAGAGAUGAAGAAGGAAAAGGAGGAGAUGGAGAAGGGCAAAGAAGAGAUGGAGAAGAAGCUUGAAGGUCAAGCAAGAGAAGGAGAACGAGAGAAGGAAGAGUUGAAAGAGUCAUUGUUGGGGUUAGGGGAAGAGAAGAGGGAAGCGAUAAGACAGUUAUGUGUAUGGACCGAACACCAUAGAGACCGGUGUGAGUAUCUUGAAGAGGUUUUGUCUAAAAUGGUUGUGGCAAGAGGACAAAGACGGUCACAACGAGCUUAAAAGUGAAUUCUUCUGUCCACCUAUCUGUAAGUCAGAGAUAAGCUGUGUUCAUUAGUUUUUGUUUUCUGAAUUUGAAUUUUUUUCUUUAAUUGUUUGUUUUUUUUUUCAAUUUGAAAUUGUUUUGUUGGUGGGGUGUGAUAAUUGUUUUCUAAGAUCAUAAAGAUGGAUUUGGAUG